GCAGGGCGCGCGGUGGCAGCACCUCCCCGCGCGCGGCUUAAAAAGAAGAAGAAAAGAGGGAGCGAAACAUGAGAGCCCUGGUGAGCCGCCGCCGGCAGCAGCGGAGGGGGCAUCGCCCGGACCGGCCGCCACCGCCGUCCCGCCGCGGGGACACCCUUCCUAUGGGACGACGACAAGUGAAGGGCUGCCGCCACCCGCUGCCCGGCCCGCCCCGAGCCUCGGCGCCUCGGCGCGGCAGCUGCUAAACCUGUGCCACUUGCGCAACUUCGCCGGCUUCGAGCAUCCCUCCUCCCGCCCGGGGCUCGGGGGCUUGUUUCACUCCCCCCACCACCCCCCUAUCACCGCCGCCACCACCCCGUUCCUGCCUUUUCGCGUCCGCCUGUUUGGAAGCGGGGGUGACCGAAGUGCUUUUUUAACUCCGUAGGCUUUUUUAUUGCUACCGUUAUUCUUCUCCAGACUUGCCCCUUCUGGGGGAGGGAGGUGGUUUCCUGAUCUGAAGUGCAAAGAAAAGUCAGUGGGAUUCCCCUCCUUCUCCCCCCCAUCCCCCUCACCCCCCUUUUUUGGGUGCAUUCACACGCUCCCUCAGGCAUGAUGCUCAAGAUGCUGCCGUUUAAGCUGCUGCUGGUGGCCGUGGUUCUGUGCUUCUUCGAGGGGGAUGCCAAGUUUGGGGAGAGCGGCGCCCGCAGGAGAAGGUGCCUCAACGGGACCCCGCCGAGGCGGCUGAAGAAGCGGGACCGGCGGGUGCUGUCCCCGGAGGCCCCGGGCGGCGGGGAGGCGAUGUGCCGCGGCCUCUACCCGCGCCUGUCCUGCUGCUCCCGCACUGACGCGCAGGGGCUGCUGCACGCCGAGGCGAAGAUACUUUCUGUUACCAACAACACAGAAUGUGCGAAGCUACUGGAGGAAAUCAAAUGUGCACACUGCUCACCUCACGCUCAGAACCUAUUCCACUCACCUGAGAAAGGGGAAACACCUGAAAAAGAACUAACUCUUCCCUACCUGUGCAAAGACUAUUGUAAAGAAUUCUAUUAUACUUGCAGAGGUCACAUACCAGGUUUUCUCCAAACUACAGCUGAUGUUUUUUGCUUCUACUAUGCAAGAAAAGAUGGUGGUGUAUGCUUUCCAGAUUUUCCAAGGAAACAAGUCCGAGGGCCAGCUUCUAAUUCCCUGGACCACAUGGAAGAAUACGACAAAGAGGAAGAGAUCAGCAGAAAACACAAGCACAACUGCUUCUGUAUUCAGGAGGUUGUGAGUGGAUUAAGACAGCCUGUUGGAGCAGUGCACUGUGGGGAUGGAUCCCAUCGCCUCUUUAUUCUUGAGAAAGAAGGAUACGUGAAGAUUUUAAGUCCUGAAGGAGACAUACUCAAGGAGCCUUUUCUGGAUAUACACAAGCUUGUUCAAAGUGGAAUAAAGGGAGGAGAUGAAAGAGGACUGUUAAGCCUUGCAUUCCAUCCCAAUUACAAGAAAAAUGGAAAGCUCUAUGUGUCUUAUACCACCAACCAAGAACGGUGGGCUAUUGGACCUCAUGACCAUAUCCUUAGGGUCGUAGAAUACACAGUCUCCAGGAAAAAUCCACACCAAGUUGAUAUGAGAACAGCAAGAGUGUUUUUAGAAGUAGCAGAACUACAUCGCAAGCACCUAGGAGGACAGCUUCUGUUUGGCCCAGAUGGCUUCCUAUACAUUUUCCUUGGAGAUGGCAUGAUCACUUUAGAUGAUAUGGAGGAGAUGGAUGGUUUAAGUGAUUUUACAGGUUCUGUAUUGCGCCUCGACGUCAAUACUGACCUGUGCAAUGUCCCUUACUCCAUCCCACGGAGCAACCCACAUUUUAACAGCACGAACCAACCUCCCGAGAUUUUUGCACAUGGACUCCACAAUCCAGGCCGGUGUGCUGUGGACCGCCACCCAACAGACAUAAACAUCAAUUUAACUAUACUUUGCUCAGAUUCAAAUGGAAAGAACAGAUCUUCAGCAAGAAUCUUACAAAUAAUAAAGGGUAAAGACUAUGAAAGUGAGCCUUCACUUUUAGAAUUCAAACCAUUCAGCAGUGGAUCCUUGGUUGGUGGAUUUGUCUACCGAGGCUGCCAGUCUGAAAGGCUCUAUGGGAGUUACGUAUUUGGAGACCGCAAUGGGAAUUUUUUAACACUGCAACAGAGUCCUGCAACCAAACAGUGGCAAGAGAAGCCCCUCUGUCUUGGCAACACUGGUUCAUGUAGAGGUUUCUUUUCAGGCCCUGUCUUGGGAUUUGGUGAAGAUGAAUUAGGUGAGAUUUACAUAUUAUCAAGCAGUAAAAGCAUUACACAACCUCACAGUGGAAGGCUUUACAAGAUCAUUGACCCAAAAAGGCCUUUGGUCCCUGAAGAAUGCAAAAGAACAGCUCAGCCUGCACAGAUACUGACAUCCGAAUGCUCGAGGCAUUGUCGGAACGGGCACUGCACUCCCACAGGAAAAUGCUGCUGUAAUCAGGGCUGGGAAGGAGAGUUCUGCAGAACUGCAAAAUGUGACCCAGCCUGUCGACAUGGAGGUGUCUGCGUGCGGCCCAAUAAAUGCUUAUGUAAAAAAGGCUAUCUGGGCCCCCAGUGCGAACAAGUGGAUAGAAACAUCCGAAGAGUGACGAGGGCAGGUAUUCUUGAUCAGAUCCUAGACAUGACAUCCUAUUUGCUGGAUCUAACCAGCUAUAUUGUAUAGUUUCUGGGACUGUUUGGAAGCUACACUUUCAACGGGCAUUUGUUUUGAAUCCUGUCCUUUUCAAAAGACUGUGAUCCUGCAACAAAUACCGGUGAUUUGAUUUACUUCCUUAAUUUAAGUGUAAUAUCCACCAAUGUGCAGAGCGAUUCUGUGUGUGUGUAAAUAUUCCCGUACGCCUCCGCAGACGUACCGCCCCCCAGUAGGUGCACACAUACCCAUGCAGGCACUAUCACCAAUA